CACUUGUCUCUCAUUUUUUGAAUUUUUCUGAAAUUAAUUUUAUUAAAUGAAACUGAAAUAAAAUAAAAUAAUAAAUAAACUCACAAAAUAGGCCAAAAUAGAGAAAGGAGAAAGCGUGGAGGAAAAUGGAAGAUGAGGGCGUAGGGUUAGUGUUAGCAAGAGCCACAGAGCUGAGGCUGAAAAUUAGCCAUUGCAUCGAGAAAGCUACUGCCGGCAACACCCCGUCUUCUACUGACGGAACCCCAGAAGGACGACAGCAGCAGGAAGAAGGCGAUGGAGAGUCAAGAAAGAAAGAUGGUGUCUUUGAUGCGGAGAAGAACCCUAAACCCGAUUUUUCUGGGAGUCUAGGUGAUGUGGACGAAGAAGAUGACGAUGGAGAAACACCGAGGCUCUUGAAUAUCCGUGAUGCCCUUGAAUCCCUGGAAUCCCAGCUCGUUGCUUUGCAGAAUCUACAACAACAGCAAUGCUAUGAGAGGGAAGUUGCCCUGGCUGAGAUUGAUUAUAGCCGCAAAAUAUUACUAGAGAAGCUUAAGGACUACGAUGGGAAGGACUUGGAAGUGAUACACGAGGCUUCUGCUUUUGCCGGUGAAACAGUAGAGAACAACAGUAAUCUCCUUCUUCCUCCAUAUCCAAGUCGGCCCCCUCGGCCCUUGGUUUUGGAUAGUGACUAUUUGUCACACUUAAAGUCAACAAGCAAGUCAGCACCAAAUGGGGUUAACACUAAUGGUUCAACAAAUGAAACUAAGAAGCAUGGCAACAGAUAUGAGAGAAAUGAAAAACAAACUGAAUCCAACAACUCAAGGAAAGGUUUAGGAAGCUUACUUAUUACAGCUUUCAAGACAGUGCUUCCCCUUGUUGCUGUGAUAUAUGCGCUGAGUUCAUCUAACAUCACGCCAAACUUUGGCAAAAAAAUCGCACCACUCAAGUCAGCUGAAGAAAAGAAAGCAACUAUUAGAUGUCCACCUGGAAAAGUCCUGGUGAUGGAGGGUGGAGAAGCUCGAUGCCUCGUUAAAGAGAGAGUUGAAGUUCCAUUCGAGUCAAUUAUUGCGAAGCCAGAUGUAAAUUAUGGGUGUGGUUAAUUUCAAUUUGUUCUUCCUUGGUUAUAUACAACUCUUGCCGUGAGUCUACCUCUGCAGUGAAUUCUUUCUUUCAGAAAUUUUGUAUGAUGACCUUUAUCUACCUCCAAAGAUAAUCUUUUUUAAGUUCCACAGUGACCCUUGACGUCACUCAGGUUGUCAGGAUUCAGGAUAUCACGGAAGGGCAUGCCCCAGCUAAGAACAAUAAACAAUGGCCCUAUCC